AUGGCAAAAACAACUAGGAAAACUGGGCAAACCUCUGGGAAUGUGCCAACUCAACCUCCUCCACAAGGUGUAGCUGAGGAUGCCACUAAGAAAGUUGACAUGGACCAUCGACAAAGAGAUUCCAUUGCGUCCUUGGAGGCAGCCAUUCAAUUGGCACGAGGAAAGCUUGCACCUGCCUCCCAACCAGAUCAGCCACCUAGUACUCACCCACAACAAAAUCCACAUUCAGAGCAUCCCCAACUUCACCACAAUCCACCACAACCAAUGCAUCCUCAGAGGCCAGAGCAACCCCUUGUUGUUCAGCAGGAGAGGCCUUUCCAGGAUCCUGAGCAGCAACCACCCUCUCGUGUUGGUCGAGAAAACAACCAGAAGCAAAGGCAGAAUAGGGUCGGACAGCAUCCUAGAAGCCCUAGAUGCCAGACAACUGAGGAACAAAACCUUCCGAGCAGAGGACAACGUCCUUCGGGGGGAAGCAGGCAGGAGGAGUCAGGCUCUGUGGUCUGGGGUCCCUCACGACAUAACAAUGCUAGGGGACCUACCAACCAAUGCAGGCCUCCACCUAUCUAUCCGGAGAGGUCACAAUUUAGAGAUGGCCAUGAUUAUAAUGAGGCAGAUUCUAGUCGAAGGAAUGCUGGAUGA